AGCUUUUAUAGUUCUUGAGAUCUUGAUGUUCGUACGGACAGAUCUUUACAUGGCCAGAUCGACUCGAUCCUGAUCAUAUAUACUUUAUAUGGUCAGAAACGCUUCCUUCUGCCAGUUACAUACUCUUAAUAGGAUCUAGUAUACCCUUUUACUCUACCAGUAACGGGUAUAAACAUAUUUGCAUAUAAUGUUCUAACAGACAUUAUUCUAAUGUAUUUUUUUGGCCGCAUGACCGGCAUUAGCCGGUCCACGAUCUUCUUUCUGGUUGCGAUUUUGUUCUCCGUUUAUAUGGUCCCCGUGGGAGACAGUAGCUUGUGGGUGUGAAAACAAUCUUAACCAUAGGCAUAACUUGUAUCUUGAGGAUUAAUCGUAACUUUGUAGCUUUUAUAGUCCCCAAAAUUUCGACGUUCAUACUAACGGACGGAGUUACAACUAUGGGCAUCUAGAUGAAAUAUAACAAUAUGAACAUUUAUUUUUAAUAUGCUCGGAUAAUGCAUUACAAAUAUUUUCGUUAUUUUACAGCCUCAAUGUACUUUUUAGAAGGAACUAAGCACACAGCACUCGUUCGUUGAAAAUCAUAUCAUUAUUACUUUGUCAUUUUCUUCAAACAGAUUUCGUCUUUAGCGAAAGAAAAUUAUUAUCCUGUCAGUAAAAAUUCUGCAAAUGAUGCGGGCCCACUGCUGUUUGUAAAUAAUUAGUAAUUAACGGAACAAUCAGCAUUGCAGCGCCCAGAGUACCGCUUUAGAGUCAGCUCCUUCAGUGACAGAAUGGAUCACACAGAUCAGGAGGACCUGCUGGCCUUCGAGCGUCGGCUGGCUGAGGUGGUAAACACCGAGAAACGGAGUUCAUUUCGCUGGCGCUUUGUCCUGGGCGCCAUCUUCGCCUGCUCGGCGAUCAGUGCCUGUCAUUGGGUUCGGGAUGCCAAGGAAAGCGAGUCGGUGGUGUUCAAGAUACUGUCCAGUCACAGCGCCUUUGCCUUCUCCCUGGCAACCAUAUGCCUGCUAGUCUUAUAUGGAGUCGAUCACGCCGCCAAGCAGGACCCCAGCAUUCUGCGUGACACCCGAGAAAUGCUGUCUCCGUUCCGUCUUAACAUUGAUAACCAGGGACGUCUCAUCCUCGUUCCACCGCAGACAGAGUAGCUGAAUAUACAUCCCCAAAAACACAUUUUUAUUGACUGCGUUCCCAGUUGAUGCCAGUCAAAUAAAUGAUCCUCAUAAAUUCUAGGGUAUUUGUGGAAAUGUUAAGUCGGACUAGGUAUUGCACACCAUAAUAAAUUUCGAGAGGUGACUUCUUGAAACUAAUUGUUUGCGCUGCCAGCUUUUUGCCAGCUUAAUUUUCCAUUUAAAGCUCAGCUUUAAUUUUGGAAACGUUAUACAUUUUAUUUCAAGUUAAUGUGCGCUUAAACUAGCGACGACAACAAAAAAAAGGUUCGCUGACAACAA